AUGGCCAAACCCACGCGAAGAAUCGAUCACUACUGGCACAAAAGGGGACUCUGUGGAGUAAUCAGCCGUGCUGCACUCCGCACUCUUCAAUUUGUCUUUGCUGUCACCGUUGCUGGUCUUUAUGGAGUCGAUCUGGCACAAGCCACAAAAACCAAGACUCACGCCUACCCAGAAUGGAUCUACGCUGAAUUUGUCGCUGCCCUUUCUGUCUUGACUUGCAUUUUUCAUUGCUUCUUUACUGUGACCAAAGUUGCAUGGUCGGCCUGGGAUGGAGUCCUGCUUGUCCUCUGGCUUGCCCAAGUGGGUGUCUUCGGGUCGGUCUACAUCUCUGGUAACAAAGCCGAAUAUGAAGACGCGACAUUAUCAGUCCCACGUAUGCGUGCUGCGGUCUGGAUCGAUUUGGUCAAUAUGGUGCUUUGGCUUGCGACUACUGUACUCGGUAUCGCAUGGUGUAUUCGGACUCGAAAAGUUACUCGACGGACGGACGUGGAUGUUCCCAAAGAACUCAUCAAACCCGAUACUGGGAACUCCAAUGAGGAAAAAGCACUGCCGAGUGAAAAAGACAUCAUAAAGGAGAUUAGUGACGAGCCUAUUGAUAUGUGUCCACCCAAGUACACCAAAUUUCCGUCUGCCCCUCCUGCAUCAGUGAGCAACGUGAAUUUCGAACAAGAUGAGAAAACCACGCUUGAGGUCUAA